CUAAGCAUUAGCUCUCACUGUUACUCUUAAACUUCUCAACCCGUAAGAGCCACCCGUCGUCUUUUUUCUUAGAAUAACAAUUUUUCUGCAUUCGAAUUUCAAACACAACUAAUGCAACUCCAUUUUUAACAGUACACGCGUCUGCAAACUUUCUCCUAAAAAAACCAAUUAUCCAGAUUUUCUCGGAUACCAAACACCUACCACAUUCCCAGGAAAGUUGGUUUUCUUACUUUUUACAGACUUUCUUCAUCUUUAUCACUUGAUUUACACUUACAGAGGACAGCGGCAACAGUAGCAGCAAGAACAACAAGCACUAGUAAUCCAUUUUAUUUUAGAAGAUCAAUGAUGGCCAUUAAUUCUACCGACCGUAAAGAUGUUGUUCUCAAAGUGUCCGGUGAAAAUGAUCCGGCUGCUAAAAACGUCGAACACGGUAAGAUUUGGAGAGAGUCGAGUUACGAUUUUUGGAGUGAUAAAGAGAAAGAAGAAAGGAUAUUGAAUAAUGGUUUUGAUUUUUCUCAAGGUAAUAAUAAUAAUGUUACUUCUACUUCUAGUACUGUUGCUGGUAGUUCAGCUACUACUUCAUCGUCGGCGGAGGAUCCACCUUCGAAGCUAAUUGGUGAGUUUUUACAUAAACAACAAGCUUCAGGUGAUUUUUGUCUAGAUAUGGAUUUAGAGAUGGACGAGCUUCAAAACGAUACGGUUUUACUUCACCGGAAUUUGGCGCCAGUUUCAGAGUCUCCGACAACACUGAACCGGGUCGCUUUUGACCCGAACCCACCUGGGUCAAGUGACUCAGUUAGGAGAAGGCAUCAGCAUAAAGAUUCGCCUAGCAAGAUGAGUAAUGAUAGCACUGGCGGUGAUGGGGAGGUUUUGAAGUGUAAUUCAAGAAACAGCGCAAAUUUGUCAAAUAGUUCGUCUUUUAAGAGAAAGUCGCAUUUGUUGAAGGAGAGGACAAAGUCAAGAUUAAUGGACCUACCUCCAUUGCCUCCUGAAAAAUCUGGGAGAGUUGUUGGAAGAUCAGGGCAAUUGAAGUCUGGAUUUAUAGGGAAAGGCAAUGUGGUUGAAGAUGAAGAAGAUGAUCCUUUGUUGGAGGAAGAUUUACCUGAGGAGUUCAAGAAAGAUAGAUUUGAUAUAUGGAUUUUGCUUCAGUGGGUUAGUUUGAUUUUAAUUAUUGCUGCUUUAGUAUGUAGUCUUGUUGUUCCAUAUUUGAAACAGAAAAGUUUAUGGGAACUUAGUUUGUGGAAAUGGGAUUUGUUGGUUUUGGUUUUAAUAUGUGGGAGAUUGGUUUCUGGUUGGGUCAUAAGGAUUAUUGUGUUCUUUAUUGAAAGAAAUUUUCUUUUGAGAAAACGGGUUUUGUACUUUGUAUAUGGGAUCAAGAAGGCUGUGCAGAAUUGCUUGUGGUUGGGGCUUGUGUUAAUUGCUUGGCAUUAUAUUUUUGACAAGAAAGUUGAAAGGGAAACCAGAAGCAAAACACUUAGAUAUGUGACCAAGGUUUUGGUUUGUUUCCUAGUGGGUACGUUGAUUUGGCUUGUCAAGACUCUUGUAGUUAAGGUUCUUGCGUCUUCUUUUCACGUUAGUACUUACUUUGACCGGAUUCAGGAGUCCUUAUUUAAUCAAUAUGUUAUUGAAACGCUUUCUGGUCCUCCCCUAGUUGAAAUAAAAAGAAGCGAGGAAGAGGAAGAGAGAAUUGCAGCUGAGGUACAGAAGUUACAGAAUGCAGGUGCUACUGUGCCCCUUGGCCUUAGGGGAGCUGGCCUUAAAAGAACUGCCUCCCCUGAACCACAGGGUGCGAGAGUUAUAGGAAGCGGGCGGAUGCAGAAGAGCCCUCGAAUUGGUACCCCCAGGCUCUCUGCUUCUCUUUCCAAGGAGGCCAAUGAGGGGGAUGAUGGGAUAACUAUUGAUCACUUGCACAAAUUGAAUCCAAAGAAUGUUUCUGCCUGGAAUAUGAAGAGGCUGAUGAACAUAAUUCGACAUGGCACUCUGGCCACGUUGGAUGAGCAGAUUCGAGAGUCUAGUCAUGAUGAUGAUGAGUCAGCUACAAAAAUUAGAAGUGAAUAUGAAGCAAAAGCUGCAGCGAGGAAAAUAUUCCAGAAUGUGGCUAAGCCAGGGUCUCGUUAUAUCUACCUGGAAGACAUCAUGCGUUUCAUGCAAGAUGAUGAGGCUAUAAAGACCAUGGGUCUUUUUGAAGGAGCAUCUGAAAGCAAGAAAAUUAGCAAGAAAUGUUUGAAAAACUGGGUGGUUAAUGCUUUUAGAGAGCGGAGAGCACUUGCUUUAACAUUGAAUGAUACAAAAACGGCUGUGAAUAAGUUGCACCGCAUGGUGAACAUUUUGGUUGCAAUCCUUAUAGGUGUUAUUUGGCUUCUUAUAUUAGGAAUUGCCACUACCAAAUUUCUUGUCUUUAUAAGCUCCCAGCUCCUUCUUGUGGCAUUUAUUUUUGGAAACACCUGCAAAACAGUAUUUGAAGCCAUUAUAUUCUUGUUUGUGAUUCAUCCAUUUGAUGUGGGUGAUCGCUGUGAAAUCGAUGGAGUUCAGAUGGUAGUAGAAGAGAUGAACAUUUUAACUACUGUUUUCUUAAGAUACGACAACCAGAGGAUUGUAAUUGCUAAUAGCGUUCUCGCUACCAAAGCCAUCAGUAACUACUACCGUAGUCCGGACAUGGGAGAUGCUGUGGAGUUCGUCGUACACAUAGCUACACCAGCUGAAAAGAUUGCAGCCAUGAAACAACGAAUAAAUAGUUAUAUUGAAAACAAGGACCACUGGUAUCCUUCACCUAUGAUCAUAUUUAAGGAUAUCGAAGAUCUGAAUCGGGUGCGAAUAGCAAUAUGGUUGACCCACAGAAUGAACCACCAAGACAUGGGAGAGAGGUGGUCAAGACGUGCCCUUUUAGUUGAAGAGAUGGUUAAGAUUUUCCGGGAGCUCGACAUUCAGUACCGCCUCCUUCCUAUUGACAUCAAUGUUCGUACAUUACCUCCUGUAUCGUCGGAUCGUGUUCCUCCUAGUUGGAUGAUUUGAGAGUGAAUGUACAAAGAGCUAGUGUAGGAGUGUCUUUUGGGUCAUGAAUUUUUUUUUUUUUUUUGGAGUUAAUAAUAGGCUGAAUACAUAAUUUAAUUCCUAAAGUUUAAUGAAAAAGUUUUGUGGCACUUGAACUUUAAAA